AUGGUCAAUUUUGUGGUCGUGUUGGCCGCCGUGGUCGCCGCUGUCCGCGUCGGCGGAUUGGAACUAAACGAUGAGGAGUACCACUCUCUGCCGCAGCUCUUUCAUCUGGAUGAUUAUGAAAAAUGCUUGUCAAGUCGCCGGGGUGUUUACUGCCUCGGGUCCUUUGACCUUCUGCAGUACAGGAACGACAGGCUCUACAAUGUUUUACAGGAAUAUUCCUUGAAUGCAUAUAACUUCAACCACACCAAAAUCCACCGAGGCUAUUGUCUUCCAACCACCUGCGCCCAUAUAGAAGGUUCCUCUCCAACAAAACGCUUCCAGCGGUGCGUGAAAAACCUUGCGCGAGCGGAUUUUGGACUAGAGACAAACCUCACAGAGUUCCAAUACUGCAGAACAGCCAAGACACAGAGACAGGUGGAUACAUGGGACCUGAUUUUUGCAUUCAUUGUCGGUGUCAUAUUGCUUAUGAACAUAGUGGGAACUGCCUACGACGUUUUAAGAAAUCAGGACAAAAAACCCAUCAAGCAACUAGUAGCGUGGUCGCUGGUGGCGAAUUGGCGUCGCCUUACUGCUGAUCAUAGCGACAAAGAUAGCAGAUUAACGGCGCUCAAACCAGUCCAAGCAAUGAAGUGCCUGACUUUGAUUCUUGUUAUGCUGGCACAUUCAGUCCUGGCGUUCCACUACACGUAUUUAUUCAACCCUCAGUUCUUCGAAAAAGCCAACAACAGAGUAUUAUCAGUGUACCUUCAAAACGGCUCAUCCAUAGUCCAGUCGUUCAUUAUGAUCUCCUGCUUCCUACUGGCAUACAAUCUCUUGGUGAAUGCUGCUGAUAACCCUAAAAAGCCGUUUGGGAUCAGACUGUUCCCGAAGUGCUUUCUGCACAGGAUAUGCAGGAUAUUACCUCUCUAUCUCUUUAUCCUCGGUCUCACAACGACCUGGUACGCGCACGCCAGCGACGGCCCUCUCUGGGGUCCUAUCAUUGGAACUGAAGCCAAUACGUGCAGAAAAAAAUGGUGGUCCCAAGCGUUGUUCGUCAGCAACUUUGUGGACGUUGAUGAGAAGUGUCUCAUACAUACAUGGUUCCUAGCGGUAGACAUGCAACUGUAUGUCAUCUCGGCCAUCCUGACUCUGACCCUGGCCAGAAGGCCGCGUAUCGCCGUCAAAGUUCUCUCUGCCAUACUACUGGGAUCUAUUGUGAUUAACUUCGUAGCUAUCUGCCACUGGGAGCUCUUGCCAAUGGUCAAAAUAAUGAUACCAGAACUUAUGAGAACACAGUUUGUCGGUAACCGUUCUUUCGUGUGGUUAUAUUCUGCACCUUGGGACAGUCUGCCUUCAGCGUUGGUGGGGCUCAUCAUCGCAUUCAUUCACUUUAACCAGCAGACUGAUGGAGUCAGACCAGUGGAAAGCAAGCUUAUCCGCGUGUUGUACCGCAUUUCGGUACCCGCAAUGUUCGUCUGGGUCGCGGGAGGGUACUUCAUGAAGGCAGUCACGGAACCGUUCUGGUUGUACCUCUACGCUGCUACAGACAGACUCAUCUUCACCUCACUGACGGCUGUAGCUAUGUACGGAUUCUUCAAUAAGAUUGACCUCAUAUGGUGGAAGCUGAUGUCCUGGCGCGGGUUUGAGAUAAUGGGCCGCAUGUCACUCUCAGUUUACUUGACUCACUGGCUCUUUUCAUUGUUACUAAUCGCAACCAGGACUACGGAGACCUCGGCCUCGGUGCUUCAAGUGGGCGAACAUUGGCUGGCGACAAUAUUCCUGACCUACUGGGCCGCGUUACCUCUCCACUUACUAGUAGAGCUACCUACCUCGACAUUCCUGGAGUCGCUAGCAUCAUGA